CGGUUGUGUGUUAAGGGUUGGGGCGGGGGGAGGGCAUGAAUUUGGGGGGCGUGGCAUUUCUCUGCAUAAAACAUCAUCUGUUCCUUCAUUUCUCACUCACUCGAUCCUAUUUUCUUUCACUUCUUGCUCACCGUGAACUCCAGAAACACCAUGUCAGAUAUCCAGAAAGGAAUGGCAAUGCUGAUUGCAGCCUUUCACAAAUACUCAGGAAAGGAGGGAGACAAAACCACCCUGAGCAAAGGCGAGUUCAAGGAUCUGCUCACUGCAGAGCUGGGAGAUAUCUUAGGGAAAUCCCAAGACAAGGCGGCUCUGGAUAAGAUAUUUAAGGAUCUGGAUGCAAAUGCAGAUGGCAGUGUGGACUUCCAGGAGUACGUCACCUUGAUCGCCUGCAUCACUAUGUUGUGCAAUGAAUUUUUCACAAAAAAAUGAUCUUGUCCUUACAGAAAGGGUUUAUCUUUAAAGCUAUGGUAUAUCUGAAACCAAGAAUAAAGAUUUUUAAUGUUUUGAAUUAAAUCUGUUUUCUUACAAUA